UCCAUCGCAUUCGAGCCCAAUCCCUGGGAUACCUGAUAAACCGAUGAGGAGGCUAGCAAGUCAGACCAUGAGGGAGCUAGCAAAGCUAGCAAUAGCACUUCAGGCCCAACCAUUAAGGACUCGGGAGCUAGCAGGUCAGCAGCCAAGAGGAGGUUUGCGUUUCUACUGCCUUGAUUUCAACAACAGCCCAGGAUAACCAUCGCUCUGCACACCUGCGGAUUUGUCUGCAGUAGACGAACCGCCAACACAACCAAAAUUGGGAGCUGGGCUCUUCUCUCUUUUCUACCUCUCUCCCACCAAGACCAAAACUCUGCAUGAGAACAGCAAGACAAGAAGAGGACAGAAGACCGAGAGAGGACAGAAGACAGAGAGGGGAGAGUGAGAGAGUGGACAGAGAUAGAGGAAUCCUUAUCUUUCUCACUCAUCCAGCACCACUAGCCUGUCCUCCAGGCUCCCACAGAGCUGUGACCAAACCAGGGGCGUUUCCGUGACCUGUUCGCCGCAGACCCCCACACCCAUCGUUCCGCCAUGCUGCUGUUGUGUGUGGCCUGGUUGGGCCUUGUGUCCCUGGGUUGGGGACCGGGCUGUUCAGCCUUCACUCCCACCAGAGCCCAGGGGGGCCUGAGGGGUCGCAUCCCAAGGGACCGCAGGAACAUCCGGCCCAACAUUGUCCUCAUCAUCACCGAUGAUCAGGACACAGAGCUGGGUUCUCUUCAGGUGAUGAACAAGACACGUAAGAUAAUGGAGGAUGGAGGGACGUCGUUCACCAACGCUUUCGUGACCACGCCCAUGUGCUGCCCGUCACGCUCCUCGAUGCUGACCGGGAAGUACGUCCAUAAUCACAACACAUACACCAACAACGAGAACUGUUCGUCACCCUCCUGGCAGGCUCAGCACGAACCGCGCUCCUUCGCCGUCUACCUCAACAACACCGGAUACAGAACAGCGUUCUUUGGGAAGUAUCUGAACGAAUACAACGGCAGCUACAUCCCUCCUGGAUGGCGUGAAUGGGUGGGGCUGAUCAAAAACUCCCGCUUUUAUAAUUACACAGUCUGUCGAAACGGCUACAAAGAGAAGCAUGGCGCUGAGUAUGCAAAGGACUAUUUCACGGACCUCAUCACCAACGACAGCAUCAACUAUUUCCGGAUGUCCAAGAAGGUGUACCCCCACCGGCCGGUGAUGAUGGUGAUCAGCCAUGCUGCCCCCCAUGGACCUGAGGACUCUGCACCCCAAUACUCUGAAAUGUUCCCCAACGCCUCACAACACAUCACCCCCAGUUACAACUAUGCUCCUAACAUGGACAAACACUGGAUAAUGCAGUACACCGGACCGAUGAGGCCCAUACACAUGGAGUUCACCAACUUUCUACACCGGAAGAGGCUGCAGACGCUCAUGUCAGUGGACGACUCUGUGCAGAAGGUGUAUGAGAUGCUUGUUGAGACUGGGGAGCUGGACAACACCUACGUGAUCUAUACUGCUGACCACGGCUACCACAUUGGUCAGUUUGGGCUGGUCAAGGGGAAGUCCAUGCCCUACGACUUUGACAUCCGAGUUCCAUUCUUCCUCCGGGGACCAAACGUUGAGCCUGGAGGAGUGAAUCCUCAGCUGGUCUUGAAUAUUGACCUGGCCCCCACCAUCCUGCACAUCGCUGGGCUGGACACACCUCCAGACAUGGAUGGGAAGUCCAUCCUGAAGCUCCUGGAGCAGGACAAGACUGGAAACAGAUUUAAACCCAAUCGAAAACCCAAGGUCUGGAGGGACACUUUUCUGGUGGAGCGAGGUAAACUCCUGAGAAAGAAGGAUGAUGCUGGAGCCAGCCCAACCACUCAGCACACAAACAGCCUGCCCAAGUAUAAGAAGGUCAGAGAGCUGUGUCAACAGGCAGAGUUCCAGACGCCAUGUGAACAGCCAGGACAGAAAUGGUACUGUGUGGAGGAGGUGACUGGUAAAUGGAGGAUCCAGAAGUGUAAGGGAGGCGGUCUGAAGGAGAACCCCAGGAAGAGAACCCGAAGCCUGAGGUCCCGCAGCGGCUACGACAGCCGGGAGAGGGAACCGUGUGACUGUGGCCCAGACGGCGGCCUCUACAAACCCCCCAGGGCUGACCGACCAGGACGCUCACACCGCCAGUACCCGCCGUCCUCCGGGGGCCAACGCUACAGGCCUCGUUUUGUCCACACUCGACCCACCCGGUCGCUUUCGGUGGAGUUCGAAGGUCAGAUCUACGACAUUGACCUGGCGACGGACGACCAAUCAGGCAUCCAGAGACGUGUCAUCAGAAAGCGCCACUAUGAGGAGGAAGAUCUGGAGUCAGACGACGGUUCAGAGGAGAUGCUGGCGGAUGACACUAACGCUGUUGGGUACCCCAACUCUGUCAAAGUCACCCACAAGUGCUUUAUACUGAUGAAUGACACAGUCCACUGUGAGAGAGAGGUCUACUCUUCAUCCAGAGCCUGGAAGGAUCAUAAGAGUUAUGUGGACCAGGAGAUUGAGGCCCUUCAGGACAAGAUCAAGAAUCUGCGUGAGGUCAGGGGUCACCUGAAGAGGAGGCGACCCGAUGAAUGUGACUGUGGGAAGAAGCGCCACUAUCACAAAGGACAGAGAAACGGGGGGAAGAACAAGAAUGACCACCUCCAUCCCUUUAAGGAGGCAGUCCAGGAAGUGGACGGGAAGACCCAGCUAUUCAAUGAAGUCCGGAGGAAGAAGAAGGAGAGGAAGGAGCGGAAGAGGCAGAAGAAGGGCGACGACUGCAGUCUGCCAGGCCUUACCUGCUUCACUCACAACAACGACCACUGGCAGACCGCCCCCUUCUGGAACCUUGGAGGGUUUUGUGCGUGCACCAGUGCCAACAACAACACAUACUGGUGUCUGAGGACCAUCAACGAGACCCACAACACUCUGUUCUGUGAGUUCGCUACAGGCUUCCUGGAAUACUUUGACCUGAAUAAUGACCCCUAUCAGCUGACCAACACGGUGUACUCCGUGGACAGGGAGGUAUUGAACACUCUCCAUUCUCAGCUGAUGGAGAUGAGGAGUUGCCAGGGACACAAGCAAUGUAGCCCCCGACCCAAAGGCCUCGAAAUCACAGCUCUCAGCCAGUCUGGGAGGGACGGACGGGUUAAGCUGCCCAACCUGACAGAGGAGGAGGUGGACUGGUGUGGACUGGAGCAGCUGUACAGUAUUGUGAAUGAGAGCUUGUAUGAGAGCAGGACUGACUACAGCCCCGGACAGGACGACUGGCACAACUUCCAGAAGGAUGUAGAUAACAUGUUUGCACUGCUACACGUUUUAGACGAAUUCCAGAAAAACAACAACGAAGACAACCAAACCAACAAGCGCUCUGAAGAACCCCUGGCACUUUCCCUGGCAGAGCCAGGGUCGGGGGGUUGGGGGACAGAGGAGGGAAGUGGGGGCCAUGCAGAGGGGACGCCCAGCCGGUAUAUCUGGCCAGGCCUGGACGUCCCAAUCCGGGCCACAGUAGGACUCACCCGCCACACAACCACCUCUGCCCCGAGCCCACCCCCACCGGUACCGCCCACACCCCCACCGGUACCGCCCACACCCCCAGCAUCCGUCAGGCCCCCGCUGGAAUCUAUCAAUGAACUCCCGGGGGAGAGCCUCCCCAUGGACAGACCCAGGCUGUCUGUGAUGACAUCGUCAGAUGGUCAGUGGAGAGGGGGAGGGGAAAAGGUUGGAGUGGGGGAGGGGGUUGCCCGCGGAGACACGUGGGCGGCUUACCAGCUGGAGGAGGGGCUAGACAGCGAGGGGGAGGUCUUUAGUGGGAACGGGAACAACGGCUUGACAGAUAUUGAGACGCGACACGAUGGCCUGCUGGUGACCAGGGUGGGGCAAGUGUCUGAUCAGGGGGCUUACAUGGGGUCCUACCCAGGCCAGAGCCAAGUCGAACUGGACAGCUUCAUCCAGGGACUGGAGCUGUACGACAAGGAGGAGGGGGACGAUAUAUUCUACGCCCAGGUCUACCUCCCCCUUUUCCCACAGACACAGAGGCCUGUAGUUAAGACCACCACUGCUAGCAGCACCACCGGGAGCCCCCCUCAGACUGGCACCCCCCGGGGGAUGGGGGUGGUAGUGCACAAUCUCCAACGGGACCAGACACAGGUUCUGCAGAUAGAGCCCCGGCCUCAAUUCCUGGACAACGAAGGUAGUGGGUUCCCCCCUCGGCCCUCUUCCCCCCACACCCAGUGAGACACAGACAAAAAGCUUGUGCUGGCCUGCCCAUUGAGGAGGCUUGGCCGGUUGCCACAGAGACACUAAGGGACAGAAACUGGGGGACAUGGAGAGCCAAGAUGGCGAACAGUGAUGUCAUCACCCAGUUAAAGCUGUAUUUUUUAUCAAGUAUUCAAGUUAUUAUUAUUGUUGAUUUUUUUUU